AUGGGAUGUAGGUUAAGUAAAAGUAUAUCACAAAAUGAUUUACAAGAUUUAUGUAAAGAAAAACAUUUGUCAAUACGAGGUAAUAAUAAAAAGACAAAUUGCAAUGGAAACACGAUAUGUUGCUCUGACACGACACCAAUAAAUAAAAAUAUGAAAGAAGAAGAAGAAGAAAACAUAUUAUAUGUUACAGAUGAAAAUGUUGAUGUUAAGAAUAACAAUAAUUCCAAUAAUGACGGGUUAUUGUCCAUAAAUAAUCCAGGACUUAAUGGAAAACAACUUAGCAUUAUUGAAAGUUCAAGUCAAGUUGAAUUUUUUAAAAUGUUGGAUGAAAAAAUUGCUCAAGGUGCCAAAAAUUUGUCUCCAGAAUUAGAGGAUGAUGAUUAA